AUGUUGAGAACCUCCUUCAGCCAAUUGGCACGUCGUGCCUACACUAACUCUGCCAAACCUCUCACCAUUGGUUUGAUUCCCGGUGACGGGAUUGGCAAAGAAGUUAUCCCAGCCGGUAAAUUGGUGCUAGAAAACUUGUCCAGUAAGCAUGGGCUCAAAUUCAACUUCAUCGACCUAGAGGCCGGAUGGCAGACGUUUUUGGACACUGGCAAGGCUUUGCCUGACGAAACAAUCAGAGUACUCAAGGAAGAGUGUAACGGUGCGUUGUUCGGUGCUGUUCAGUCGCCAACCAACAAGGUGGAGGGUUACUCGUCGCCCAUCGUGGCUCUAAGAAAACAGCUAGGACUAUACGCCAACGUGCGUCCAGUCAAAUCUGUUGAGGGAACCAACGACAAGCCAGUGGACAUGGUUAUCGUGAGAGAAAACACCGAGGACCUUUACAUCAAAACCGAGAGAUCGUACAUCGACGAGAAAACCGGGACUCGUGUCGCUGAGGCCAUCAAGAGAAUCUCCGAGACCGCCACGAGGAACAUCGCUAACAUCGCUUUGGAAAUUGCCUUGCAAAGAUACAAGGUCAACGGAAAGGCCACCUUGACCGUCACCCACAAGUCCAACGUCUUGUCGCAAAGUGACGGUUUGUUCAGAGAAGUCUGCAGAGAAGUCUACGAGUCCAACAAGGAAAAAUUCGGUACCGUGAACUACAACGAGCAGAUCGUAGACUCCAUGGUUUACAGAAUGUUCAGAGAGCCACAAUGCUUCGAUGUCGUCGUUGCACCCAACUUGUACGGUGACAUUUUGUCCGAUGGUGCCGCCGCUUUGGUGGGUUCUCUCGGCGUUGUUCCAAGUGCCAACGUCGGUGCCGAUUUCGUGGUGGGAGAGCCAUGCCACGGUUCCGCUCCAGACAUUGCCGGUAAGGGUAUCUCAAACCCUAUUGCCACCAUCAGAUCUACUGCGUUGUUGCUGGAGUUCAUGGGCCACCCAGAAGCUGCCCAAGACAUCCACAAGGCCGUGGAAGCCAACUUGCGUGAGCAGUCUAUCAAGACCCCAGAUUUGGGUGGUAAGUCUACCACUCAAGAGGUGGUUGAAGAUGUGCUAUCUAAGAUGUAA